AUUAUGUAAACAGAAUCUUGUCUAAACUGUUAUAUUGUAUUACUACUACUACGUGCUUAUAAUAGUUGACCAAUAAGGAAGAAGCCAGGGCAGUGUAAAGAUGCUAUGUGGGUUGAUAUUGCUGUUUCUUCUCUCUCUGUCAAAAGGCGCUGAGCAAUGUACAGAAAGGUUUAUGGAGCUACCACUACUGACAUACAGAGCACAGAGAAUAGGAACAAGCCCAUCUCAAACCUUUGUGGGUAACAAUAGACUUAGAGUCCUUCAAGAGUAUCAGUUCAAUUGUUCAUUUACUAAUAUAACCAGUCUUAUAUUGGGUAUUAAUAUAAGGGAAGCUACUGGCAGUCGUAAUCUCUAUCCCAGUGUCCAGGUCUUUAGACCUAAUGGUAGUCUAGUGACUGGUAGUGAGAGAACUAUUUAUUAUUCUACCUCUAAUGUCAGUACUAGUGGAGUGUUUGAAUAUCCACUCAAUCCUCCUAUACCAAUAAUGAGUGGAGACCUGUUAGCUGUAUCACAACCGCUUCGAGGAAACAGUGUUGUUAGAGUCUACUAUAUCAGUGGUAUAACAGCAAAUAGUCAAGAGUUUAACUAUGACGAUACAAAUGUUGACUUAACUACAAAUCCAAUCACAAAUCAGUUGAUAUUAGUAUAUCCAGUAACAGAUGGAUACUGUGUUAAUAGUGCCAAUUCAAUCACUCCUUCAGUUAUUAAACAGAAAGCACUUGAAGUACUUAGAUCACAAGUUUUCUUUGGCCAACACCAGUUCAUUUAUCCAUGGAUUGUAUUCUCAUGUAAUGGAUCAGUUACUAAAUGGAUUUUUGGGGCUAACAAUAAUGGAAGCACUGCUAUUCAAUCUGAGCUCCAAAUAUGGCGUCAACUGAGUCCCAAUAAUUACAAUAAAACAGGAUCUAGUUUAGUUAAUGCUAAUACAAUGAUUGGUACUAAUCUCUAUGAGUUUAUUCCUCAGACUCCACUGCAGUUCCAGGAAGGAGACAUAUUUGGUGUUUAUAGUGAUAGAACUGAUGGAGAGAGAUUAGUUCUAUAUGAACAGAGAUUCAAUGGACCAACUAAUCUUCGAGUUGAUCCUGGUCAAAACUCUCCUCCAUCAACAAUAUCUCAAUCACUUGCAGUAGCCAACAAUGACUUUCCAUUAGUCACUGUGAAGAUAAGUGUUAGCACUGAGUCUGUCCCUGAUGCUACCUCAUCUGUGGAGAAUAGUCCAGUAAUUUCUAUUACUUCAUUUCCAAGUAUUAUGAGUUCUCCACCUUCUACUGAAUCCUUUCAUUCGACAUCUUUCUACUUACAAGUCUCUCGAUCAACGAGACAUGUUGCCAUUUUGUCAUCUCAAGUAAUAGUGAAUUCAUCAGAAAACCUAACACCUACAAACACUCAAACUAAUAAUGCCAUUACUAGUACCACUAGUACUAUUAUUGCCAUUUUGUCAUCUCAAGUAAUAGCGAAUUCAUCAGAAAACCCAAGACCUACAAACACUCAAACUAAUAAU